CGGAGCAUCCACCCGCGCUUGCAUGCGUCAGGUUCCCGAUGGCCUGUGACGCGGUUGGUGGAACGAUGGGGAUCGGAGCGAUAGAGAUAAAGAGAUUGACAGCAGAGAUGAGCUGAAGCUGGGCACCCCGAACCGCUCGUCAAUGCAAUGAUCUCUCUCUUUCUCGCAAGGGAUGCUCGAAAGCGCCCGGCCAAGCCGGGCCGAAGCGGGCGGAGAAUUUCGCGCCCUGACUAGGUUAUACGAGGGCGGGAGGGGCGUGACCGGGCUGUCCUGAUCGUCAAUGGCAUUGAAGUGGGAAUGGCGGGGGCGGAGGUCAAGCGAACGAAGCCAGAGCUGAGCUUGCGGCGCCGCUCGAUGCUUUUUGCCGUCAUCGAAUCGAAGCUGAAGCUUUCUACACAAGUAUUUCUCUUGCCAGCCGAGGGAGGGGAGGAGGCUGUGCGCACGUGCUAGCUACUCGUGUUGCAUCGAAGCGGGUGGCAACCAGCAAACCCCCCUGCCAUUUACAAAACGUGCCCUUGGCCGCCGCGAUCUGAGAUGCGUGCCUGUCUAUCGGCGAGAUGUCCCGAAUUUGAGGAGCCGAGAUUGUAGCUGUCGGAUCGCCGUCGAGGAGGAGAGCCGUUUUCUGUCGUUCUCGAUGUGGCCCAGAUUGUCCGCUUCAGCUCCCUUUUUUUGGGGAGGGUUGCGACCAUGGAUGGUCCUUGGUUCUCGACACUGCGGCAGCAGCUUCCAGAAUCCGUUGGAGAGAGAGAAGGG